AUGCUGGACGAGCUAGACAACGUCUUCGACGACCAUCCAUCGUUGGAUGCGUCGCUCGAGGACUUUGAGAACAACAGCAAUGCGCACCGCUCUCCGCUCUUCGGUCUUCCUUCCCAGCACUCGGGCUUUCGGUCUGAAGAAUCCGACGGGGAGAUCGAAGACCCCACUGCCGGCCAGCGCUGGUCACCGCCGGGUCUGCGCCAGCAUGAUUUCGUUCAGGGCAGCGGCUGGUACCGCCAUCAGCCCUAUGUGCGCAAGCUACCCUUGAAUGAGCGGUUAGAACUGAAACCCACCAUUAGGGGCAGCUUGUCGCCCUCAUUGUCGCGCGAACCCAGUCCGCAGUAUGAAGAUGCGCUCGAGGGCCCGGCCAGGAAGACGGCCAGCGCAAAUGAAGAUGUAGAUAGCGGCGACGUCACAAUUGCAGCCAACAUACCGUUACCUGGCGGUGCAGGUACUCCACGGACAGGUCGAUCUCCCACUCCAGUUCUCCCGCAGACGUUCAGCGCAGCCCGCAAUGGCCCCGAGGAUGACGGGUUAGGCUUUGGCGCAGAGAAUCUGAGUAACUACAUACGAUUCGCGGUACGUGCAGAAGUCCAGCAUCGCGAGCCCAUUGCCGCGAUUGGUGGCUACUUGCGCAGCAAGCUUGAUCAUAUCACGAGCUCCAAAUCCAACACCACGUUGUCGGUGCUAGUUCUCUUCCUUUCCGUCGCAUUUAUGCGCGCAUUGUUCCUCCCUGGUCUUCCCCAGGCUAUCCCAGAUCUAGUUAAGCUAUCUGGUUUUGCGCGUUCAUUCGAGCCGUUGAUCUACUAUUCUGAAAACGGUGUCCAGCAGAUCGGGACCCUCCAAGAGACCGGUGUCGCCGUCUGGGAUCUGAGCGAGUCAGUCCGCGGUACUAACAUGACCAGCGCGCCCAUCAUCGUGCGCCAACUAGACGAGCUGUCCGACUCGCUCAAGUCACUCUCCCUAGAACUCACGCGAUUCUUCGCCAAUGUCGACUCCGACAUCGACUCCAUCCUCAUCGUGAUGGACUGGGCCAAGCGUGAGCUAGAGACUCUUUCCGCACAACCACCCAGUUCCCUCCCAACCAUCGUCUUCGACAACAUGCACAACAUGCUCUCCCGCCUCGGUGCCCUCGAGCACGCUGCCGAGAUCUCCGAUGGCGGCAUCCCCGCCAGCACAACUACUACCACCACGCUCGGUCACCUCGUCAUGGCCGUCUUCGGCCCAACCUCCGCCCAACGCACCCGGGCGACCCUCACGCGCACCUUCACCGAGUUCCUCUCCGUUCUAGAAGAGUCAAUCAACAGCGAACUGACGCACUCGACCGCACUCUUUGCGCUCUUCGAAUCGAUCGACCGGCAAUUCCUCAACCUCCAGCGCACAGUCGUGCGCGAGUCCGAUGCCCAGGAGCGCGCCGAGGGCGAGAUGCUCAGUUCGCUGUGGACGCGGGUGCUCGGUCCUGACGCCGCCGCCGUGCGCAAGUACGAGAAGAACAAGAAACUGUUAGCGAACGUGCGCAGCCGGACUGUGGCCAACAAGCACCUCCUGGUUGAUCACCGCGGCCGCCUGCUCACGCUGAAGGUCAACUUGGAGACACUACGGCGGAAACUGGUCAGCCCGCUAGUGCGGCGCAACGACUCAGUCAGCUUUGUUGGCGUGGACGGGACCGGCGCGGGGAACGCUGGCGGCGCGGGCCGGACGCUGGGACCUGUAGAGGCGGUGAUUGAGGGGCAGAUCCGCGGGUUGGAGGGCACGUACGAUUAUCUGCGGUCGGUACGGGAGCGGCAGAAGGCGAAGUUAAUGGAGAUGGUGUACGGUGCUGGGCGCAAGCCGUCGCAGUCGAUGCUGAGUGGGAUUGAUGGACAGGAGGAGGGUAUUGAGGGGUGA